CGGUCAAUGAGAAGCAGCGGCGGUGCUGAGGCUGCAGGCAACGGUGCGCGCUACACGCCCCGGCUGAACGGAAACGCUUGCGGCUUACUGCAUGCACCGUUAUGGACAAUACGAUGGAUUGGAAGAAGAUAGAUUGAAAUAGAGUAUACAUCAUAUGUUACUGUCAAUGACGGUCUUAGCUAAAUAUAACAUCAGUUUGCCAGUCAUGGAUGAAAAUGAUGUGCUAUCGAUAACGGAACGCCUAAAAUCCAGGAGCUUUGUCGCGUAAACCGCCUACUCAGUUCAGCAAUGCAACCGUGACAUUUUGAAUGUUGUACUAUUUAUUUUAUCCGCUUUAGAAGGCGUAUUUUUUGUAGCAAUUGACACUCCUCGUCCCCUCCCAUCCUCCGGUAGCCUCCGGAGAGGACAGGCAGGGAGAUGGUGGAUGCUAAUGCGAUGAAGAAGACGUUCACGGUACCGGAGAUAAAACCUUUGGACCAGUACGACUUCAACCGAGCCAAGGUGUGCGCGAGUGUCCGAUGGCUGCUGGCAAAGUCCUACGGGUCUGCAGAGAACGUUCCGGCAGAUCUCCGGGAGCCGGUGCUGAUUGGCCAGGAGCUCCAGGCUGGCGUGAGUGUGUUGCUGCUCUCCCCCGACCUCUACUGGAGGGCCCACAGCCAGCUGCACCUGCGCGGGGCCUCCCAGGGCGUGGUGCAGGGGCCAGGCGGGGUCUCCCAGGGCCCAGGGCAGGGGCCAGGCGGGGUCUCCCAGGGCCCGGGGCCAGGCGGGGUCUCCCAGGGCCCGGGGCAGGGGCCAGGCGGGGUCUCCCAGGGCGUGGUGCAGGGGGGCCAUGCGACGCUGCUGCAGCUGCUAGCCUCCAGAGGCCAUGCCCCCCGUGACCAGGACAGGCCUGUCACCGUGGAGGACCUGCAACACACGCCAAUCAAGACGCGAGCUCACCUGGCCCUGAUUGACGCGCUGAUGUCAUUGGCUGCCAUGGAGACGGUGGGCAGGGUUAAGAUGGCAGCGGAAGCGGAGCAGAUAGGGGGCGGGGCUCCAUGGGAGAACGCCCUCCUCUUCUGGGUCAACCGGCUGAACCAGAGAUUGAGGGAGAGCACAGAGGAUGAUGAUGACAAGACUCAGACCUGCACUGACCUCCAGCCUGUCCAGCCUGCGUGUCCCAACCGCUGGUACUGGAAACUGGUCCCUCAUGCCAUCGCUUUUUGUUUGAAGGAGUCGGGGAACAAACCGCCUGUGGUAAAGUAUAUAGUGAACAUCAUGGCCUUCAUCUCUGAGCUGCUGGGGUUUGAAGUGGAGAGACCAGAGUUCGUUCAACCCCUACAGCCUCUAGACCUCACAGAUGCCUCUGGGUUGUUAGACUGCACCAGCCCAGUCAGUGGGAACAGCAACAGCGGCUCUCCCUCCUUCAUCUUCAAACAACCCUUCGUGCCCAUUUCAUCCCCUGUGUCACCAGAAAAGCAGAACUGGACCAAGAAACAGAUCAGUCGUCCUCUUUCGGCUGUAACCUUCGGCAUCCCGUUCGGCCUGGACAGCGACGUGGACGUUGUCAUGGGCAACCCGGUACGUUCCGUCAGCACAGACAGCCUGGUGGUCGCCGUGGUGACAUCGCCUCCGCUGGGCGAGCUUCCCGCCAUCGAGGAGGUGGUUCCUCUGGCUGCACAUGCCCCCCUGAGAGGGGGAGGGAAGGACAAGGGGAAGGGGGGAGGAGGAGGGAGGCGGGAGCCGCGACUGCGUCCUGAGGGCGCCCCCGCUGGUUUCUUCCUGCAUUCUCCUGAGGAACAAGACACCGCCCAGCUCAGUAGCUCCGCCCCCUGCCGCUCCGGCUUGCUGCAGAGGCCCGUGGGGGGGUGGUCGGGGGAGAUGGGGGGGGAGGGCGACAGACGGAGGAGGGCAGAAAGGCACCGGCGCACGUCGGUCGGUUCCCGUGACGACGACUCCGUCCUGCGUGACGGCAGCAUGGACUCCUCCGAGGCGUCUGACGACCUCCCAGGGAACGCCCCCGGCAACCUGCGCCCCGGCAACCCUCACCCCAGCGACGGCGGCCCCCAUGGCGACGGCGGUCUCCACGGCAACGGCCCUCGGAUGACGAGCUUCGCCGAGACGAGGAGAGAGAGGAGGUCCACCCCCACCACCCUCAUCCGCACCCCCAUCAACCCCUCCACCCCGGGGACCCCAGGCCGGCUGGACAGCCCAGGGGUGAGGCCCCCGGAGGCGGGCACAGAGGCCUGGGAGCUGGGGGCCCGUCUGGAGGAGCGCAGGAAGAACAUGGAGGCCCAAAAGAGGAGGAUAGAAGCCAUCUUCACCAGACACAGACAGAGGUUGGGCAAGACAGCCUUCCUGCAGCUGAAGAGAGAGCAGGGAGAGGGGGGAGGAGGGGGAGGGGAUGACAGUCUCACCCUGGAGGAGCGCCUCACCCACAUGGAGGAGCAGCUGGAGGAGGAGGAGGAGAAGGAGGGGAAAGUUAAGGAGGAGGGGAAUCUCCGCCCUCCCCUGCCGCGAUUGGAGAAGCAGGUCACGUUCUCCGUGGAAACCAGGAAAGGGGCGGAGCAAGAGAACGAGAAGGGUCAGGAGAAAGGAGGGCUGGAGCAGGGGGGAGGAGGGGGAGGAGGGGGAGGAGAGGGGGUGUUUGUGGAGUACAGUGAGGUGGUGUCUAAGCUGAGCGAGGCUCUGAGGUCUCUCCAGAGCGACAUGGAGAAGCUGACAGAGCAGCAACAGCAGCUCAUGACGGGGAAGAGACCCGCCCCCCGCCACCCCCCCAGGACCCCCCCUAAGACCCCCACCAAGACACCCCCCCGCACCCCCAGCAGGACCCCCACCAGGGCCACCAGCAAAGCCUGGGUCAUCCCCACCGGCCCCCCCACCCCCUCCAAAAACUCCUCCCCCUCCCGCCACGCCCACCCCCCUCCCUCCUCCAGCUCCCCCAAAAUGCCGCUGUCUUCCUCCUGCCCCGCCCCUCGCACCAAGAUCCCAUCCUCCGCAGUGGCCCCCAGACGCCAGCCCCCCCAGCCUCCACACCCCCGGCCCUCCGACCUCAAGUUCCCCCCCCUCACCCGCGUCCUCACCCCCCCGCACACCGUGGACACCCUCCCCCACCUGCGCCGCGUCUCCCCCAGCCGGUGUCACCUCCAGACCUCCUCGUCCUUCCGCAUCGGGGGCCCUCGUACCCCCCUGGAGGAGGGCCCCCCGGCGGGCCCCCCGCCGGCCCCCGUGCCCGACGACACCGCCUCAGAGACGGGCUCCAGCGAGACGCCCACCCAGUUCAGCCUGGAGCUGGAGCUGGAGGAAGGCUCCGGGCCGGGGGGAGACCUGGCCGAGUUUACCCAGCCCAGGAGGGCCCCGACUGGGGCCGGGAGCAGCUCUGGAGGGGGAGGCUCUGUGUGCUCCUUCGAGAGUGACACAUUGUCGCUGUCAGCUGCCUACAGCGUGGGAGGAGGAAGAGGAGGAGGAGGAGAGGGAGGAGAGGGAGGAGGAGUGAAGCGUCGCAGCCUGUUGGAAGUCUCCAUGUCGUCACUCGGGGGCCCAGGAGGGGGCAGCGACGAGCCGACAGACUCAGAGGGUCAGGAGAUCUUCUCCAUAGACUCCAUGAGCGACCACACGGAACCAGCAGGGGAACCCGUGGAACCUGGAGAGGAGCUGGAACCCAGGGUGGAACCCAGGGAGGUGGUGGAGGAACCCAGGGUAGAACCGACGGAACCAACGGGAAAACCAACGGGAGAACCAACUGGAGAACGCAGUCAGCAGGAGACUAGAGGAGUUGGGUUCUUCUUCAAGGAGGGCGACCACAGUGAGGAGGAGAUGGCCCAGAGGAGAGCAGCCCUGCUGGAGAGACAGCAGAGGAGAGCAGAGGAGCUGAGGAGGAAGAGACAGGACCAGGACACACUCACCAGACCCCCCUCCUCUGAGGACAGGACAGGCUCUGUCCCUCGCACCCCUCCUCCCACCUCCGGCCCCUCCCCCACCCCCACCCCCACCCCCCCGGCCACGCCUGGUCGCCGUGGCGACUUCACGAGGACAGAGUACGCCAGGAGGCACCAGCUGAGGAUCAUGGACGAGCUGGACAAGGUGCUGCGGCACAAACCAGCCAAUCAGGGGCGGGCUUCCGUCAAGAAGGCCCGCCCCCGCCCCCGGAGCGUGACUAGGGAGGAGUCACAGCUGUCAUGCAGUCCUGCCAAGAGCACUAUGGGUUCUAAACUGACGAAGGUUCACUCCCACUCCUCCCUCAACCUGGCAGCCACGGCUGAAGACAAGCCCACCACCACGCCCACCACCACGCCCACCACCACGCCCACCACCACGCCCACCACCACGCCCACCACCACGCCCAACACCACCACCACGCCCACCACCACCACAGACUCUCCCCCAAAACCACCCAGCCACCCUGAAUCGCCCUCGCGGCUGAUGUCACAGAGCAGACUGGCCAAUCAGAACGGAGAUAAGGACUGGGAAACCGGCUCCAAUGGAUCCUCGCCCGCCUCAAUCCCAGAAUACACUGGCCCUAAACUCUUCAAGGAGCCGAGCUUCAAGUCCAACAAGUUCAUCAUCCACAACGCCCUGUCUCGCUGCUGUCUGGCCGGCAAGGUCAACGAGGAGCAGAAGAACAAGAUCGUGGAGGAAAUGGAGAAGAGCUCAGCCAACCACUUCCUGAUUCUGUUCCGCGACUCCAGCUGCCAGUUCAGGGGCGUGUACACCCUAAGCCCCGCCUCCACUUCCUGCGCCGAGGCCGAGGAGCUGGUCCGAUUGGCCGGUGUGGGCCCGCGGGUCAUAAGCCCCGCCUUGGUGGAGUCCAUCUACAAGUACAGCUCGGACAGGAAGCAGUUCAGCUGCCUCCCGGCCCGGACCAUGUCCAUGAGCGUGGACGCCUUCACCAUCCCUCGACACCUCUGGAACGCUCGCAGGACCAGCACGCCCAGGAAGACCACCCUGCUCAAGUGAUCCUGACCCAACACACACACACUGAGAUAUACACACACUGAGAUACACACACACACACACUGAGAUACACACACACACACACACUGAGAUACACACACACACACACUGAGAUAUACACACACUGAGAUACACACACACACACACUGAGAUACACACACACACACACACUGAGAUACACACACACACACACUGAGAUACACACACACACACACACUGAGAUACAC